AAACAUUAUUGAAGAGAAGCAGGAGGGUGUACGUGAUGAGGCGUACAGCCUUUAUGAAACUUGAAAAAUACAGUUACUCACAACUGUAAUUUCUUAUUUAGUUAGUUAUCUCGUCCGUGUAGCGCUAGCGGUGGUGUACGUCCAGAAGCUACCACUGCCGUACACACAGUGUUGGUUUUAACAGACUAGUAAACACUGCUAGCACAGCAGCUAAAGUUGUAUCUGAGCUGAUUCGGUCUAGUUAGAAUCGAUGAGGAAACACAAUCCUGGUUUAUUCCUGAAACAAGACUGACCAGCUUGUACUGAGUUAGCGAGGAGCUCAGAAAGAAUACAACAGAAUGACAGAGGAUGUCGUCCUGCUGACCGUCCCCGUCAUUCGGCAGCAGUAUCACUGGGACUGUGGCUUAGCCUGCUCCAAGAUGGUGCUCAAGUACCUGCAUUCAGUCAGUGAUGAGGAGUUUCAGAGAGCAUGCUGGGAUCUGAAGCUAUCAGAGAGUGUGUGGACUAUCGACCUGGCCUACCUCAUGUGCCACAUAGGAGUAAAACACUGCUUUUGCACACAGACUCUGGGUGUCGACAAGGGCUUUAGGAAUCAGGCCUUUUAUAAGAAGCAUUUUGACACAGAAGAAGACCGAGUGAAUGAGCUCUUUCUUAAAGCCGAGAGCAAAGGUGUGGCAGUAAAGAAAUGUUCUGUGUCCAUUCAGGAAAUCCAGUCCCAUCUGCAGCAGGGCCACGUUGCCAUAGUGUUGGUGAAUGCUGUCGUCUUGACAUGUGAACUCUGUUCUUCGCCUGUCAAAUACUGCUGCUUCCUGCCUGUCGGUCAGAAGUGUUUCUGCAGAAAACCAGAGUAUCAGGGUCACUUUGUGGUGGUGUGCGGAUUCAACAGAACCACCGACAGUAUUUACUACAACAACCCUGCAUAUUCUGACCGCGUGUGCAGCACCAGUGUCGGAAACUUCGAGGAGGCUCGGCGGAGCUACGGGACAGAUGAAGACAUCCUGUUUGUUUUCAAAGAACACUGAUGGAUUUGGAUUUCACUCACUUCAGUAACAUUGUGCGGCUGCAGGUCCUCAGUUGUGGACUAGCGGCCCCUGCUGGUGUUGGCUGUCACAGCUCCCCCAGACCAUCCUCGCCGGUGCUAAAACAUCCCUCUGCAUCUCGAAAACCCUUUAGCUGCAGAUUCACCGCCUUAUACAACCAAUACCCGACAUAUGAAGGAUUAACAGUUGACAUUUUCAAUCCAAAUCCUUUAAAACUCUUUAUUUUUCCUCUUUGAGAUGAAAAGAUUAUGUGAAUUUUAUCAUGUCUGUAAAAUUUUAAUGACUGCAGCUGUUUCAGACGAGUGAAACUACAAUGGAAACAAUGUAGGAGUCGUCCAUGAAACAGGAGUUUCCUGAAAUGAGGGUGCACAUAAUUCAGGGCUGAUAAUGAAAGAAUUUAGCAUCACGUUUGUUUCUGUACAGUGUUGAAGUCCUCACCUCCACUUGCCUUUUUUUAAAUAUCUCCUCCCAACUCACUUUUUUUUUAUUCAGAUGGUUCUAUUAACAGGGAUU